AUGACCAAUGAAUCCCAUGACUUUGAUAUGCUUGCUGUUGAUGUUAUUUUUGGUGAUGGUACGAGGUGUUCGCUGGACUGUGCUGAUAGCGUCUAUCUUUUUCAGCUGCUCUUAAGACCAACUGUGUGCCUUUCCUUUGGCACUGCAGAAUCCGUACGGCUGCUAAAGGAAACGAUGACACUUUAUCAGAAUGAGACGAUGUCACAGCGUUCUCUUUUUUUGACUUCCAGAAAGUAUCACCAAAAAGAUGUAAAGUCAAAUUCUGCACCUUGUGAUGCUGUAGUAACGGAACCUGCGGUAUCAGCUACUAACCUCCCUACACAACAGGAGGAGAUGAAUAAGAUGCCCGAACUCUGUGCUCACAUACGUCGUCUUACAGAGAAUCGGAAAAUGUUUAUGGAAGUAUUAGAACUUGUUGCUCGACUGGAAUUGGAGAGUUUACUUCCCUUUUUCUGUACAGAAUUUGGGCGUAUUUUUGAAGAGGAGGUUAGACAAAAAUGCAAUGUUAGGUUAUCUUGUGUGCAUGAAGGGUACUCCAUUGAUUUGUUUAAAAUUGAUUCUUUCCGGAGGUGUGUGAUAGCUGCUUUUGCCUUAGAUACCACUUCUUCUUUGGUCCGAGUAGAAGAUAUACUACAACUACAGCAACAGCCGUUGAUCCAGGGAGCGGGAAUAACGGAUGAUCGAAACAACAUGGUCGUUUCCUGGGCACAGCGGUGGAGUAAACAGUUACGUGAAGACCGUUACUUCUUUCCAACCACACAAUACGUUGAUGAUUUAACACAAUCUGUUGAUCCAGGUAUAACUGUUGUAUAUGAUAAAUCUUGUUUUGAUGAGGAAUUCGCCACAGAGUUUGCACGACAUCCAUUUCAGAACCCCGCGUGGGAGGCGGAUGAAGCCGUAAAGAAGUGCCCCGUCUGUGGUGGUACCUUCGCGUCGUGGUCAACGUUUUCUUUUAAUGCGGUGCGUGCAAGUCAUUGCAGAUGUUGUGGGCGUCGUAUCUGUACACAGUGUACGGCGUGGGAGUUGGAUAGAUCCAUUGCGAGACUGAGUAAGCCUGGUGGGCCGGAGGAGGGUCGAAUGCGGCGUGUCUGUAAACACUGCUAUGAUAAAGCAGAGAGACUCAAUAUACAUGCGUUUCUUUGCGAGAUAUUUCUACGUUCUGGACUCUCACUAACUGAAAUAGCUCUCCUGAGGUCUAUUAAUGCACAAUGGAAAGGGGCCGCCGAGUUAUGCCUCAGUGACUAUCGUUCUUCACUCUACCAGAAUACUUCUUGUAAUUCUGUAGUGGCAACACAUACUUCAAGAAUGUUGGCAAAUAGUGUAAAUUCCCUUAGUGGUCACCCUGAGGCACUUCUUUUUCUCUUUAUUUCUAUUGACUGGAAUAAUGAAUCACUACUGGAGGCAGCCUACACUGCAGUUAAAACAACAGUAAUGAAUGUGACGGGCCCUUCAGAUAUGAGACACCCCGGUGCAUCUUUUUGGCGACCACACACAAGUCAUUGGCACAUGUUGUGUACACGUGCAUGUGGAUUAAUGCUACCGCAGUUCUUUGCAGUGAAGAUGCUGAAGUGUUUAGACCGUGCCCCAAUAGAUAAUACUACUGCUAAGUCUAUGCGAAUUAUGAUAACACAGUCAAUUUUGCUAGAUACGGUUGCAUCCCUUGAUCAUCGCGUCUGUGAGUCUCUAGUUCCACUCUUAUUAGAUGCAUUUGAUAUGAAGUCAUGUGAAUCCUUUGCAACGUCCGUAUUAAUGGAAAUUGCUAAACUAGAUCAAGGUUUAGCACUUGUGAUAUAUCAAGAAACUUUAACACGUUCUCAGCGUGAUAACUUAAGUUAUCAUACACUCCGGGAACACGUAAUGAUUGUAGACAAAACGAUUCGACCCCAGAAACACCAGUGGUUUAAGAAUACUCUUGCCUUUCUUAAUCUCUUGAGAACAUGGGAUCUUUACACGAAACAACUCAACGUAGCAGAUAUACGUAGAGAGUUCCAUGAACGUAUGCGUGAUGCUAAAUUAGUGACGGCAGAUGUACCAGUACCUCAGAAAUAUUUUACAGAUAGUUGUAGUCCUGUUCCUAUAGCCCCUAUGCUCUUUCCAUUUGACGUCAGUAUAUUGAUUACUCACAUAGGAAUAAAUGAAAUUAUAAAGAUGAACUCGAAUCUACAACCUCUUUUGAUUCCUCUUAUUGAUUCAGAAGGCGUUAAACAUAAAAUUCUUUUCAAAAGAGAAAAUCUUGAAAAGGAUAAAGUUAUGUGUAUUAUGUCAAGAUUUUUGCAAUGGGUACUUUACAAGCAGUUGGGCCAUGUUGUUUUGCCCACGUAUCAUGCUAUACCACUUACAUUUAAUUCUGGUAUUAUUGAGUUUGUAGAGGAUGGACAAACUGUUCAACAAGUUAUUACAAAGUACAGAGAUCAUCGGUUAUUGCAACAUCUAAUACAAUUAGAACGACGACAAAAACAAGAAAGAAAAAAGCAACAACAACAACAACAAGAAGUUAAAGAUGUUGAAGGGGAAGGACACCGUGGAAGUGUGAAACAGGAUUUAAAGAAAUUUUUUACUGGGGUUAGGGAAAGUUUUCUUUGCUCAGCAAAAUUUUUUAUUCUAACUAAUUACAUUUUUGCUAUUGGUGAUCGGCAUCGUGACAAUGUUAUGGUACACCCAAGUGGAGCUAUAUUUCACAUUGAUUAUGGUAUGCUACUUAACUCAAGAACGUUAGCAGAACGUGUUAUUGAAGGCUAUGUGCGUUUCGAUAAGGAUCUAGAGGAAUGUGUGUUGGAAUUCAUGCGAGAAAGAGAUUCAUUAUCACCACCAUUCUCCUCUAUGAAGACGCAACAACAACAACAGCAACAACAGUAUGAAAAUAAACGACAAGAAGAGCGGCAAUACGGUCAGCAGAUGAGCCCCGAGUCAGAGGGAAUAUCAGCACAUAAAGGAGAGCCUAGUGCACUUCUUUCAGAGUUUCUGAUGGAAACUGCAGACUGGUUUCUUGAGGUGCGUCCCUACGCGGGAAUUCUGUAUCAUCUGCUUUCCCACGUUGUACUUCGUGGAGCUUUAGAUGGUGUUUCUUCACCAGAGGCGCUUACUACCCUAAUGCAGACAAUUUUCAUGCGUGAUGCGGCAGAAGAGACAUGCAAGAAAUUAUUCUGUGAUCGUGUGAGGCGAUCGAGAGGUCAAACGUGGUUUAAAGACUUGACCCACGAUACACAGAAGCGAACGUGGAGUAUGGUCUCUAGAGGGUAUAACUGGAUGCGGGGAUUAACAGCACUUAGCCGUAUUGAUCCAACACCUGCAAGGGAAGGAGCAACCACUGCAGAGACAAACCGAGAGGACGAAUAUGAGCGACAUGAGCCUCAGGAAGAAGGAUAUCACGAUAUAUAUCCAAAUUGA